AUGCCGUUUGAAGUUCGUGUAUACAAACUAAGACUAUAUCGGGAACUGGGGAUUGAGAACAAGCGUACACGACAAACCUACACUCGCUACCAGACAUUGGAAUUAGAAAAGGAGUUUCAUUUUAACAAAUAUCUCACAAGAAGACGACGCAUCGAAAUCGCCCAUUCCCUGUCACUGACGGAGCGCCAAAUAAAAAUUUGGUUCCAAAACCGCCGAAUGAAAUGGAAAAAAGAGCACAACAUUGCUAAACUUAAUGGACCAGGGACCCUGGAACAGCUUGAAAUGAUGGAGCAAGCAGCGAACGCAUCUGCGGGUUCCGUUGACCGACCACAACCUCUGUUUCUCGGUUCCCCGUCGCACAAACCUCGAGGACAACACGGUUCACAUCAUUUCGAUUCUGACUCUAGAUCAGUAGAUACCCCCAGCGAUUCUGGAGCUCCUUCGCAGCACAUCUCUGACGUUCCCGUCUAUCAGCGCCCUGAAAUGCCUAUAAAUUGCCAUUCUUUAGUUAAUUCCUCCAAUGAAGGUGAAGAAUUUGAUGAAACUUGCGGCGAGGUAUAUGACAUGCGCCAGGUAAAGAAGUUCAAACAUCCAUCCAGCUCACCGCUCGAUUUGCAUCCACAAGACUAUCCUCAACCAAAGCUCUCACAUCCCAAUCCCUACCAAAGAGGUAAUCCUCCUGAUAACUACAGUCAGAAUCCAAUUCAACGACAACAUGAAACAGCAAAACAGAUGUGA